CGACCGCUUCCACGACUCGGCUCCGGGGCUAUGGCCGGGAGUGGGCGGCUGGCGCUGGGGACGCUGCCUUGGCCCGGCUGGGUGCGGGGCUCGGGCCCGGCCGUCCUGAGCCGCCUUCGGGACGCGGCUGUGGUGCGGCCAGGCUUCCUGAGCGCGGCCGAGGAGGAGACGCUGAGCCGCGAGCUGGAGCCCGAGCUGCGCCGCCGCCGCUACGAAUACGAUCACUGGGACGCGGCCAUCCACGGUUUCCGAGAGACAGAAAAGUCACGCUGGUCAGAGGCAAGCCGGGCCAUCCUGCAGCGCGUGCAAGCUGCCGCCUUUAGCCCCGGCCAGACCCUGCUGUCCUCCGUGCAUGUGCUGGACCUGGAACCUCGGGGCUACAUCAAGCCACACGUGGACAGCAUCAAGUUCUGUGGAGCCACCAUCGCUGGCCUGUCCCUGCUAUCUCCCAGCGUCAUGCGGCUGGUGCACACCCAGGAGCCGGGGGAGUGGCUGGAACUCUUGCUGGAGCCAGGCUCCCUCUACAUCCUUAGGGGCUCGGCCCGUUAUGACUUCUCCCAUGAGAUUCUUCGGGAUGAAGAGUCCUUUUUUGGAGAGCGUCGGGUACCCCGGGGCCGACGCAUCUCUGUGAUCUGUCGCUCCCUCCCGGAGGGGAUGGAAUCAGGGGAGCCCGGACAGCCGCCCCCAGCCUGCUGAACCCCAGACCCUUCCCGCAGCUUCUCGGAGCCACCGUGUUUGUAAAUAAAGUGGGGGAGUGGACAAAC